AUGGAGAAGAAGAAAGCUAAAGUGACUGUUGUGGUCCGUGUGCGACCAAUUCUAAAGCCUGAUGACAAAAAUUGUGUGAGCUGCACUGCUAACUCAGUAGAAAUCUUCAACCAUCGCAACAUCAAUGAGAACAUCAAAUAUGAUUUUACGACAGUGUAUGACAUGACAGUAACUCAGCAGAAACUGUUUCAAGAAUGUGUGAAACCAAAACUACUGCAUGCCUUACAAGGGCAGAAUGUGUCUAUAUUUGCAUAUGGACCCACAGGAGCUGGAAAGACUCACACCAUGCUGGGAUCCCCAAGUAAUCCUGGAGUCAUCCCUCGUGUCAUUAAUGGAGUAUUUCAGAAAAUUUCUGAAGAAAAGAAGGCAUGCAAGGGCGAUCAGUGGAAAUACAAUGUCUCAUUUUCCUACCUGGAAAUAUACAAUGAAAAGGUAAUGGAUCUUUUGGAUGUUAAAAACUCUGACCUCCCCAUCAGGGAAGACGGAGAUAAAAACAUUUUUGUCCCAGGGCUGGCAAAACAGGAGAUACAAAGUUUUGAUGAGUUUAAAGUUCACUUUGGACCAGCAUCCAAUAACAGAACUGUAGCAGUGACAAAGCUAAAUGACCGAUCUAGUAGAAGCCAUUGCAUCCUACUGCUUAACCUGAAGAAGACACAGUUGUGUGCACCAUUCAGAGAGCUACAUGGCAAAAUCUACCUGAUAGAUUUGGCUGGAUCUGAGGACAAUAGGAGGACGGGUAACCAAGGUAUCAGGUUGAAGGAGAGUGGGGCUAUCAACAAGUCUUUAUUUGUAUUGGGAGAGGUGGUAGAUGCCAUCAACAACCAUCUGCCUCGAGUUCCAUACAGAAACAGCAAGCUUACCAGGCUAUUACAGGACUCUAUAGGUGGGUCCUGCCACUCAGUCAUGAUCACCAACAUUGCCCCAGAGGAGCGCUAUUACUAUGACACCUACUGUACUCUCAACUUUGCUAGCAAGAGUAAAAAGAUUGUCAACAACACAUGUGUGAGGGAGACUAUACCUUCCAGACAGGAGCUCAUAAGGAAAACACCUGCCCGCCCAGAUGAUGAUGAAGCAAGUCUGCCAAAGAAAGCAAGGAUGUCUGUCAAAGUGGCCAGCACACCACCAGUCACGCAAGAUCCAGCUCCGUUUCUCAGUCCUCUGCUACGACGACAAAACCGUCUAGAGGAAACAGUUAAUCGACGACUUGAAGAUCUUGAAAAGAACAUUCUCAACCAGAUGAAGGAGAUGACACAUACCACAGGCCAAUCAGCACCAAAUCCUGACUUUAUGUCUCAGCUUCACAAACAGCUAGAAGCCAGUCGACAACAACUACAAACUAUUGCACAUCACACCCCACCAGCCUCACCCUCCCCUCCCAGAGUUCUUACAGACAAGACAAAUGUUCUGAAAACAUCAAAGCUGAAACGUCAGAAGAGUGAGAAUGAUAUCAGCUGCAGUCCCCUAUUUGCCACCCAACCUCGACUCUUUAAAAAGGGCUUCAGGUCCUCGGCAAGCUCCUCAAAACUUCCAGAUACAAAGUGUCAAUCAACAGAGGAGCCCCUCAACUCAACAGAUUUACAGUUGUCUAUAAAUGAAGAAUUCCUUACCAGACUCAAUACAUCAACAGUUAAGGAUCUACAGGCCUUACAGACAGUAGGGGUGAAACGUGCAAAGCUAAUUUAUGAGUGGCGGGAGGCCUAUGGCCUUUUCUCUAAUUAUGAAGAUUUAAAGAAAAUCCCUGGUUUCACUGACAAGUAUAUCAGAAAUCUAUUGAAGAGUAAUUUAGUAGCAGUAUCUUGA